UACCGUCACUGCUUUCUUGAAGUGGUUUAAAUGAUGAUGCUAAAUCGUGAAGUGCAUGUUUUAGGGAUUCUGAUUCUGGCAAGGAUUUCGUCAUCGUAAUCAUCAGACAGGAUUGCAGCAUGGAGGCGUCUCUUCUGACGUCAGUACGUACAGCAACGCCGCCGCCACGAUCUGAACACAGCUGAUAAUCUUCACCGGAACGCAUUAAAUUGAAUCCAGACCGGGACCAACUUCACUCUUAAGCAGAUACAACUUUCAUCAUGAAGGGAAUUAUUCAGCUGAGCCGCGUCCUGGGUCGUGCUGCUCCCUUUUUCCGUCGAAGCAUCCACUCUGGACCUCGUCCUGCAUCUGCUCUUUCUUCCAAGGCAAGGGCGGAACGUCAGUUCACCCCAGAGGAGAUCUACGCCCGCGAGGACAAGUAUGGAGCUCAUAACUACCACCCCCUGCCUGUGGCCUUGGAGCGAGGGGAGGGGAUCUAUGUGUGGGAUGUUGAAGGGAGCCGGUAUUAUGACUUCCUCAGCGCUUACAGUGCAGUAAACCAGGGACACUGCCACCCUAAGAUCAUUGCCGCCCUCACAGAGCAGGCCUCUAAACUCACCCUGACCUCCAGAGCCUUCUACAACGAUGUGCUGGGAGCGUACGAGGAGUACAUCACCAACCUGUUUGGUUAUGACAAAGUUUUACCCAUGAACACAGGGGUUGAAGGUGGUGAGACUGCCUGUAAGCUGGCCAGGAAGUGGGCCUACAACGUAAAGGGGGUUCCAAAGAAUCAGGCAAAAAUUAUUUUUGCAAAUGGAAACUUCUGGGGCCGCACCAUGGCAGCCAUCUCCAGCUCCACUGAUCCCAGCAGUUAUGAGGGUUUUGGGCCAUUCAUGCCCGGCUUUGAGCUGGUCCCAUUCAAUGACAUUCCUGCUCUGGAGAAAGCCCUCCAGGACCCAAACGUAGCAGCUUUCAUGGUGGAGCCCAUCCAGGGAGAAGCUGGAGUGGUGGUGCCCGACCAGGGCUACCUGACUAAAGUCAGACAACUUUGCACAAAAUACAAUGUGUUGUGGAUUGCAGAUGAGGUGCAAACAGGCCUGGCCCGCACUGGUCGUCGUCUGGCUGUGGACCACGAGGGAGUCCGCCCAGAUGUGGUGAUUCUGGGUAAAGCUCUCUCUGGAGGAACCUACCCUGUGUCUGCCGUGCUGUGUGAUGAUGAAAUAAUGUUGACCAUCAAGCCUGGGGAACACGGAUCCACAUAUGGAGGAAACCCUGUAGCCUGUCAGGUUGCUAUUGCAUCACUGGAGGUGCUUGAGAAGGAGAAGCUUGCAGAAAAUGCUGAAAGGAUGGGAGAGAAGUUACGAUCUGAGCUGAACAAACUUCCCAAAGACAUUGUGACGACCGUUAGAGGGAAGGGCCUCCUCAAUGCAGUCGUCAUCAAGGAAACCAAAGACUAUGAUGCCUGGAAGGUGUGCUUACGUCUCCGUGACAACGGACUGCUGGCCAAACCCACCCACGGCGACAUCAUUCGACUGGCCCCUCCUCUCGUCAUCAAAGAGCAUGAGAUGCACGAGUGUAUCGACAUCAUCCAGAGAACCAUCAUGUCCUUUUAAACACACAUCCACAUAAUCCGCGUAAUCCCAAUCUAAGGCUCAUCGAUCUGUUUUAGAUGCUUUUAUUCCAUUUUAGUUCAUACUUCAAAGGCAGCAGGAAGAGGUUUUCAGUAGGAAUCUGUUGUUUAUGCACACAGAGAGUGUUUGUUUAAAAAAAACCUUUUGCACAGAAAACUGGUUUACGGAAGAGGGUGCCAAUAGGUCACCUGAAGAAGGACUGGAAAGUGCUUAAGAUUGUAUUUUUUGAGAGUUAAGUUUACUUUUUUGAUUUACAAUGGUUGGUUUUUGUUCAAUUGCGCAUUCUUCAUUGGAAACAAUCAAACAUCUUAAGUAGGAAGGAGAAGGAAAUACAGUUUGAAGGUUUUUAUCUCCAGGUCUUAAUCUACCAAAUUUAUAUUAUAAAUGAUUUACAAGUCCAGUUUACUGCAGCAGGAGGGACUGUUGGACUGCACCAGCAUUUUUAAGGAUCAAACAUGUUACACAGAAGACCAGAGAGUCCAGUCAAAAUUCUUUAGUUGUGAAAAUUAAAUCUAUAUUUUCUUUUAACGUGUGCAUUUGCACUUCGAUUUAGCCACUUUAGAAAACUUGUUUGAAUUUAAAUCCAAACCUAUAUAUUAUCUGUUUCUGUAAUCCAGAGUAAGUUACGCUGUUUGUUACUACUGAAAACAAAACCAACAUUUUAGUCCUUAAACUUUAUUCUGAAGAAAUGUUCACUUUAAAAAGGAGACAGUAUUGUGCUAGCUAGGGCUAGCUGAAUGAUAAGUGUCUGCUGUAUGUACAAUAUGGAUGUAAAAAUCGUCUUUUGAAAGAUGCUUGAAACUGUAAGAAAAAUCAUUGAUUUUCAAAUAAAUUAUUUGAGUCCACAUCUA